GCGCCCCCAUAAGCCAAACCAAAAACCAAAAGCUAAAGCGAAAACCGCACGGCGAUCACAGAAAGGGAGAACCGCCCGCGCUCUCUCUAGGGUUCGCCCGGAAGAAGAGAGGAGAGAGAGAGAGAGAGAGAGAGAGAGAGAGAGAAGGGAGGCUCGACUAGGGUUUUUGGUGGUAAAAGAGGAUCCAGCGGCGGCGUCGAUCGGAAGGAAGGAGGAGAGGGAGAAGAAGGAUGGGAGGGAAGAAGGACAAAUCGGAGGGGUUGGGGCGGGCGCUGGUGAGGAAGCACAACCAGAUGGUGCGGGAGUCGAAGGAGAAGGGCCGGGCCCUCAGCCUCCAGAAUCGGCGGGUCCUCGAGUCCGUGACCGACGUCAGCGACAUCGACGCCGUCCUCGAGAAGGCCGAGGAGGCCGACCGCAUCUACUCCCUCGACAACCCCGCUCCCAAUCUCCUCAUCAAUAUGGAUGUGGGCUCGGAAACGAGUAAAAUGACUCCAGAGGAGAGGAGGCAGCUACAGAAACAAGAGGAGGCCUUGCAUGCCAGCAAUCUUCGGGUUCCCCGCAGGCCUCCGUGGCAUGCUACAAUGUCGGUGGAAGAGCUUGAUGCGAAUGAAAGACAAGCCUUUUUAGUUUGGCGCAGAAGUCUUGCAAGCCUUGAGGAGAAUGAGAGGCUUGUCCUUACUCCUUUUGAGAAGAACCUGGAUAUUUGGAGACAGCUCUGGAGAGUGCUUGAACGAAGUGACUUGGUGGUAAUGGUGGUUGAUGCUCGGGAUCCAUUGUUUUACCGUUGCCCUGACCUUGAGGAAUACACACGUGAAAUUGAUGAACACAAGAGAACAUUGCUUCUUGUUAACAAGGCAGAUCUUCUACCAAUUGCCGUAAGGCAGAAAUGGGCAGAAUACUUCUGUCAGCACAACAUCCUCUUUUUAUUUUGGUCUGCCAAAGCUGCUUCUGCUGCUCUAGAAGGCAAGAAGCUGAGCAGUCAAUGGGAGGAAAAUAAGUGGGCAAAAGAACCUACACCAUCAGAUUUAGAUACCAAAAUAUAUGGCAGAGAUGAACUUUUAGCUCGUCUGCAGGCUGAAGCUGAGGCUAUUGCAGAGCACCGGAAGGCUUUGGACAAGAAUGAACCACAGGCAGAAAAUUCUUCAGAUGCUGGUUCGGUCCAUUCAACAGCUAUGCAUGUUGUUGUGGGAUUUGUUGGGUAUCCAAAUGUUGGCAAAAGCUCUACAAUAAAUGCAUUGAUUGGUGGGAAGCGAACAGGAGUUACUUCAACACCUGGCAAAACAAAGCAUUUUCAGACACUGAUAAUCUCAGAUGAGCUUGUUCUUUGCGACUGCCCUGGUUUAGUGUUCCCUUCCUUUUCCAGCUCAAGGCAUGAAAUGAUCGCAUCAGGAGUGUUGCCUAUCGACCGGAUGACUGAACACAGGGAAGUGGUGCAGGUUGUUGCAAAUAAGGUUCCCAGGCAUGUGGUUGAAAGCACAUAUAACAUAACGUUGCCAAAGCCAAAACCCUAUGAACCACAGUCAAGACCACCCUUGGCUUCUGAAUUGUUGAGGGCUUACUGCUCAUCCCGUGGGUACGUUAGCUCAAGUGGACUGCCAGAUGAGACGAGGGCUGCUCGCCAGAUUCUGAAAGAUUAUAUUGAUGGGAAACUUCCCCACUUUGAAAUGCCUCCUGGAACGACUGGCAGGGAUGCAGAAGGGGAUUCAGCACAUGGAUUGGUUAGCCCAAGCUUAUUAGUAGGUCAUGAAUUAAACAUUAUGCAAUCUGAUGACUGCAAUGACCAGAUCUCUUCCAACUCUACUGUAGUUGAUACUGGUAAAGUGGAUGUUGGGCAUGUUCUAGAUGAUCUGGAGUCAUUUGAAUUGUCUGGUGAGUUAUACUCUAAAAAUUCUGCUGCAGUGAAGCAAAAAAAGUCAGGUAAAACAGAAAAACAUCAUAAGAAGCCUCAGAGGAAGAAAGAUCGCUCCUGGAGAGUUGGAAAUGAUAAUGGUGAUGGAAUGCCGGUUGUAAGAGUGAUUCAGAAGCCUACUGUAGAUCUGGCAGCCAUAAGAGCCUCUAAUUGAAUAGGGGCCUGCUCUUAAUCAUGCAUUAGUUUUUAAUUCGAGAUGUGAUGAUAAUUAUUAUUGUUGACAAAGUAUCAGGGGAUCUUAAUCUUGCACUGCUGUGUUAUUUGAAUGCCCGCAUACAAAGCAGAUGUAACUUGUAAUUGUUAAUAUAGCAUAUCCACUGCUUUAGGAUAAUUCAAAUAUAACGUUGGUAUGGAGUUAUUAUCUCGA